GUAUGUACCGUGAACCAGGUAAUGAAGUGUUUCCAGCUACAAAACUGCCCCUGACUGGAUGUUUUCUGUCACAUGACACGGUAUGUUGAUGAGUGGUGGGACAAUGGCAGUCUGCCCAUCUGGAUCACAGCACAGAGGCAGGGUCUGAAGGCCGGCUCUCUGCACUUCCCUGGAACAGCAUCCCUAUACCAGGGGGAGAAGGUUCAAGUUGGAGAAAUGGAGCCAAUAUUUUACAAUCACUCUAAUGAGACAGCUUGGCAUGAGAAAGUGGAUAAAGUCACGGCUUCCUGGUUCAGCGAGCAGGACCUGGAUUUUGUGUCGCUGUAUUUUGGGGAGCCGGACAGCACAGGGCACAAGUAUGGACCGGAUUCCCCACAGCGUAGGGAGAUGGUGAAGCAGGUGGACCGCACAGUGGGAUACAUCCGCCAGGCAGCCCAGAAGCAUGGGCUCACUGACAGACUCAACAUCAUCAUCACUGCUGACCAUGGCAUGACCACAGUGCUCAGGAAUUUUAUUUACAAUGACAUCAUCUGA